CGCCGGUUGUCGUUGGGCUUCGUCCGCCAUUCACGCACGCCCUGUAAGUCAACUAGCCCCGGAUUUUGCGUGCCUCCCGCCACCACCUCACCCACUGCUCCAUCACUGCCUCGCUUCUACUUAAGGACCAAGAAGAACACCACUCUUUGCCUCCUUUUCCUCCUCUCCUCUCUCGAUUCUACUCUCUCUUCGCUCCCCUGUCCGCUACUCGCUAGCGCAGCCGGCUGACACACCGCCUCGUUGGCAAAGUCCCCGCCUCGUCACUGACCGGCAUUUCCCAGCCUGAACACCACCGCAUAACCUCCCGACCGACGACUCCUCUACAACUCCGACAGGAACGACGACAGGCCAACCUCCUCAAGGUUGAACCUCAGCAAACAUGACCACAAUGGAUCUCCGUGUCGGCAACAAAUACCGUAUUGGAAGAAAGAUUGGUAGUGGCAGUUUCGGUGAUAUCUACCUUGGCACCAACAUCAUCUCAGGCGAAGAGAUUGCCAUCAAGCUCGAAAGCGUCAAGGCCAAGCACCCACAACUCGAAUAUGAGGCUCGCGUCUACAAGUCCCUGGCUGGCGGUGUCGGCAUCCCCUUCGUCCGCUGGUUCGGAACCGAAUGCGACUACAACGCCAUGGUUCUGGACCUCCUCGGCCCCAGUCUGGAGGACUUGUUCAACUUCUGCAACCGCAAAUUCUCCCUCAAGACCGUCCUGCUCUUGGCCGAUCAGCUCAUCUCUCGCAUUGAGUACAUCCAUGCCAAGUCGUUCAUCCACCGUGACAUCAAGCCGGACAACUUUCUGAUGGGCAUCGGAAAGCGUGGCAACCAGGUCAAUGUGAUCGAUUUCGGUCUGGCCAAGAAGUACCGUGACCCCAAGACUCACUUCCAUAUUCCUUACCGUGAGAACAAGAACCUCACUGGCACUGCCCGUUAUGCAAGCAUUAACACCCACUUGGGUGUCGAACAAUCCCGCCGUGACGACAUGGAGUCGCUCGGAUACGUUAUGCUCUACUUCUGCCGCGGAUCUCUGCCCUGGCAAGGUCUCAAGGCUGCCACCAAGAAGCAGAAGUACGAUCGUAUCAUGGAGAAGAAGAUGACAACCCCUACCGAGGUCCUCUGCCGUGGAUUCCCUAACGAAUUCGCCAUUUACCUUAACUACACGCGCUCACUCCGUUUCGAUGACAAGCCGGACUACUCGUACCUGCGCAAGAUUUUCCGCGAUCUCUUCGUUCGUGAGGGCUUCCAAUACGACUAUGUCUUCGACUGGACCGUCUACAAGUACCAGAAGAACGCUGCUGCCAUCGCUAACGCGAAUGGCAAUGCGGGCCAGAAUGAAGAGGAUGACAAGAACGGUCGUGGACGCCACGUCACCACCACGAACGCUGCGAACGCCGGUACUCCCGCCGCUAACACCAACAAGCGUGGACCCGUCGUAGCACGUCAAGAAGGCACCGGAAUGUGAGUUCGACAUAUCCGAUCUUAGUAAGGGACUCCUCUCCUCUGCGUUUAGUGUUCGUUCAUAACGCUCGGCGCGGGGGAUUGCCAGCUUCAGACCUUACUAACAUCUGUUCUCAUGUUCAGGCAGCUUCGUUCGUCUAACAAGCGUGGCGGU